AUGCCCGCUCGCGCUGGCUCGCCCUGGCCUCCCGCAGCGGGUCUCCGUCCUUCCUCGCGCCCCGCACCUCCCGCUCCGCCCGCCGCCCCUUCUCUCCCUUUCUACGGCUACGGCUAUCACCCGCCGCCUGCCUACGAGGAGACAAGUUCUGAAGAGAGCGCCUGCUUCCACGCUUCUUUGGAAAGUGGCGGGUCUCUCUAUCUCGCUGGUUCCUCCGCCACGCACCUCGCUGGGUCUUCGUCGCAGCACGCCUCUGAGGAGCUGCAUAUUCAGCGGAUUCAUCGAGACGUGUCUGGGCGAUCUCUCCCUGCUCCGGUCCUCGUGGGGCACCUCUACUCUCUCGCCUCCUUCGCAGCCAAAUACACACUCGUCGCCGCGCCGCCUUCGCCUGCAUCCACGUCGUUCUUCGUUCCUUCGAACUCGCUCUUGGCCCGGUACGCACCUCCGUCCUCGUCGCCAGUCGCGGCGCACGAAGCGCCGCCGUCCCUUAUCUCGACCGCGGGGCUCGUCGCGGGAGCGUUGUGGGGUCUCGUGCCGGAGCUGGAACUGACCGACGUGUCCCCGCUGCUUGACGGCAUCUCCGUCCUGCUUCUCCUCCACCAGCAGCAGAUCCAGAAAGGCAGACGCAAGCAGCUGGACGCUCUCGUGACUCCCAGCCCUGACGCCUCGUCGCCGGACUUGCCGGGAGACGAAAGAGCCGAGGAAGCCUUACCCACCGCCGCAGCUGGUGCCUCUCGGAGGGCGGAGUGCGACGCCGGCGCCAGUGAGGAAGGCCCCGAUGCUACCGCUGGCCUUCAGCUGCGGUUAGUGGCCAGAGUGGUUCUCGACAGACUCGAAGAGCUGUUGCAUCUUAUGAGGGUUGAUGAGGUGUCCCGAGCAGCUUGGCAGGCCGCGUGCGUCCUUCCCCCUUCCGUCGUCUCCCCCUUUUUCUUCUACGCCGUCGACCUUCGGAUGGGAGACGCCAUCUGUCUCCUUGCGUCCGAAGGCCCCAACAACCCGGAUCUCUUUGAUCAGCUCCUCCCGCUCCGGUCGACGGCGAAAGGGCCAGUCGGUCGCCCCGCGAGUCUUUCGGCGGAGACUAGGAGUGAAGACGAGGGCGAGAAGGCGCGUGAAAGACUCACCUCUCUCGCUCGAGUUCUCCACCCCUUUGCGGCGAAACCGCUGAUCAACAAAGUUUCGUUUCUCCGAAGCGCGCCGAUGCUGCAAGUGGUGACCCGCCUUCUCGAGGCGACCAACGAGUCGGACCCGGACACGCUCGUCCGACUUCUCCAUCUUUUCGGGAACUCUGUCCAGGCGCGAUGGUUGAUCACCUCGAUCUUGUCACGAUUGAAUGUUGAAGGAGACGCCGAUCUUCCAGAUUCAGUCCUCGUCGAUGUCUCCAUUGCUGCUGGAGGAGGCGAACUGCCACACCAGCUAACAGCGGCGUGCGUUCGGAGACUUCUCUCCCGAGCUUCCCAGGGAAUGCACACUCACGCCCUGGCAGAAAGUGUGCUGGCCCUGGCAGGGCACCUGACUCUGGAGCAGCUUUUUGAUCUGGCGGGCCCCAUUCAAGAACGCGCCGAAUUUUUGAGCGCGAGGCAGCAAGCGGCACUUCUCCUUCUUUAUUCUCAGGCGUGCGUUGCUGCAACAGAUCUUCUUCGAGUGCUUGAGACCCAUUUGCUUGCAUCUAUGGACACCCUCCCCGUAGACCUCUUCGCCCGGACAGCUCUUGCCUUCUCCAUGAGCACCUCCGUCUCCCUUCUGACAGUGAACAAAAUUGCGCAGACUCUUCAGGGCCACGCGCUCGCCAAUACGAUUUCCCCAGAACGGCUUGUCGAUGUGACACUCGCUCUGGCGGUGGCUGGACUCCAGAACCUCCGCUGCUGGGAAGCUUUUGGAGUCGCGAUCCGCAUCGCCGACUUUAGCUGGAAGUCUCUACCCAUCCUUGCAUGGAUUUUUGCAAUGACGGACUAUCGCGAAAUAUCGGCAUGGCAGUCCAUCGCCCUUCUAAUUCCUCAAUUCGCGACAGAACUCUCCAUGGUGCAGCGGAGCCAAUUGUACGAGGCGUUCACAGCCGCCCGUUUGAUCGGCUUCUUCAAUGUUCAAGAACAAGUUCCGGAGCUAACCACUAGGCUCGCGAACUGGCGGCGAUAUUGGAUUCGCUUACGAGGUCACUCGGCGUCAGGCUCCAGAGGCGGAGGACGAACUCUUCCUGGCCGGGACGGGGCCGACGGUGAAGAAGGCGACAAGAAGCUGAACGAUCAGCUGACGAGUCCUGUGCCGUACGAUGCCAUUUUGUACGUAGCCAGAAUUCAGUGUCUACAAGGCCGGGAAACAGAGCUAUAUACUAUUCCUUUUCUCCUUCCCAAGUACAAUCUGAUUUUCGAGCCACUUGAUGCAACACCGAUCCACCAGGUAAGUGUUCAUAGAUGGAAAUUGGGAUGA